UUACCUGAUACAAAACUCAACUCUGCUUCCAGCACCGUGAUACAUCAGACGUUAGUUUUUGUUUAGCAAAAUGAAUGACUCGCUGAUUUUGAUACUUUUCUCACCAUGGUGCCUAUUCUUGGGGUUAACAAUCGGAAUCUACUUUUACCUGACCAAAAACUUCACCCACUGGCGAGACAUGGGAGUACCUUUCCUCAAGCCGCACCUGCUUUUUGGAAACACGAGCAAGAGAAUCACAUUGCAAAUUUCAUACCCGGAAAUGCUGGACGAACUCUAUCAACAAUUCGAUGGCGAAAAAAUUGCAGGUAUAUUUGAAGGCAGGCUGCCUCGUAUGAUGAUAAGAGACCCUGAACUUCUAAGGCAAGUCUUGGUUCGCGACUUUGACAGUUUUGUAGACAGGGCUCUGGUUUCAAUCCACCCUGAUGCAUAUGAAGAGAACAUGCUUGUAUCGCUAAAGGGGUCACACUGGAAGGCACUUAGAUCUGUUUCGACGCCAAUUUUCUCAUCAGGAAAAAUAAAGGCAAUGUCAAAUUUGGUGACAAAAUGCGCGGGCCAACUGUGCCAGUACCUGGACGAGUACGUCAUUCCUGAAGGUGGUGAGGUGGAUGCAAAAGAAAUGUACGGCCGCUUCACCAUGGACGUGAUCGGUACUUGUGGCUUCGGCGUCCAGUGCAACUCUCUGCAGGACCCUGACGCCGAGUUCGUGCGGGUCAUUUCAAAGUUCAGCGACUUAUCAGCAGUGGAGCGUUUCAAAUUCUUCGUUUCUAUCCUGGUUUUCAACAGUUCGACGCUGGCCAGGCUGAUCGGUGUGCACUUCAUGAACCAAGAAACCGUCCGGUACGUCGCCGGUUUGGUGUUCAAAAGCAAAAAGGAAAGGGCCAGUCAAAUAAACAGCCAGCGGGUGGACUUCCUCAAACUGAUGUUUGACGCUCAAGCUGGCAAACUGAAGGGCACAGCAGAAAAAUCCAAGGAUUUGUUUGAAAAGGACGCUCAACUUCAAGGAACAGUUGAAGUUGAAAAAACAGUUUUAACAGACGAAAUUCUGGUUGGCCAAUGUCUCCUCUUUUUACUGGCUGGUUUUGACACCUCCAGCACCCUCCUGUCCUUUGCAUCUUACGAACUCGCCCUGAAUCCCAACAUUCAAGAAAAAGCAAGAGAAGAGGUAGUGGAAGUUUUGGGAAAAAGUGACGGAGAGCUGAAUUACGAUGUUAUCAACGACAUGCCGUAUCUUGAAAAUGUCCUUUUGGAGACUUUGAGAAGGCAUCCGCCAGUGUCCAGGGUCGAGAGGACCUGUACGGCUUCUUCGUACAAAAUCCCUGGAACGUCCGCAGUGCUGAAGAAAGGCGACGUCAUUAUGAUACCAAUCAGGGGUCUCGCUCUUGAUCCGAAACACUUUCCAGAUCCGUUUAAGUUUGACCCUGACAGGUUCUUGCCUGAGAAAAAAGCCAAACGGUCACCGUAUGUUUUUCUACCUUUUGGAAGUGGGCCAAGAAAUUGCAUAGGAAUGCGGUUUGCAAUGAUGAGCACCAAACUGGCGAUGGCUACCCUUUUAAAGAGUUACAAAUUUGAAACUUGUAACAAAACAAAGGUACCGUACAAAAUGGAAAAAGCUGGAAAUCUCCUUAAGGCAAAGGACGGCGUUUGGAUAAAAAUCUCUAAAAUUUAAUAAUUUAUAAUAAAUAAAUAUAAUAUUGCAUUAUUUUAUAGUUGUUGAUGUAAUAAGGUUCAAAGCUUAAUCAUU